GUUCACAGCCAGCCGACCUCUAUGGCAUUGACUUCAUCGAGUCAAGUCCGAAACUUACAAGGGUCUAGAUAAGAACCCAUAUUAGAAGUAGGUCUUGCUCUUGGCCCAAUUUCUUUUUUUUUUUGCAGAUCCCUUAGCCCAAUUUUGAAUACAGUACAACGUAAAAUUUUAUCCAGACCGAUGAAGUUUGCUGUCUUCCAGCACAGUCCAUGUGGAGAAACUGGUAUAGGAGCUAGCUUUCACCGGAAAUGAUGAGAGGCGCAAGAGCUAUACGGACAUGUCGGUGGGGGCUCAGAUCGUACUGUACGGAAAUCGGCGAUUCAUUUCAGAGCUCCAAAUAUAAAAUAUUCGAUCGCCAACUUAAACGCAAACAGCGUGAUAGAGCGGCUUGGUUGAUGAGCCCAAAUGAUUCUUUACUUGAUACUGUUUCCGAGAAUUUACUAGAUCGUUUGGAAGAUUGUAAAAAAGCAUUUCCUACAGCGUUGUGUUUGGGGGGUUCAAUGGAAGCUGUUAGCCGUUUGUUACGUGGGCGUGGUGGCAUUGAAAAAUUAGUGAUGAUGGAUACAUCACCAGACAUGAUCAAACGAUGUAGAGAUGCUCAGCAUGAUUAUCCCAAUGAGAAUAUUGAAACAUCAUUUGUUAUUGGUGAUGAAGAGUUUUUGCCUGUCAAGGAAAGUUCAUUGGAUCUUGUUAUUAGUAGUUUGGGAUUACAUUGGACGAAUGAUCUUCCCGGAGCUAUGAUCCAGUGUAGAUUGGCGCUGAAACCUGAUGGUCUAUUCUUGGCAGCUAUUCUUGGGGGAGAAACAUUAAAGGAACUUAGAAUAGCAUGCACUAUAGCUCAAAUGGAACGUGAAGGAGGCAUUAGUCCACGAAUGUCACCUUUGGCACAUGUGCGGGAUGCUGGAAAUCUUUUGACCAGGGCAGGCUUCACUCUUCCUGGUGUAGAUGUUGAUCAAUAUACUGUCAGGUAUAAGAGUGCUUUGGAGCUGAUAGAGCAUCUUCGUGCUAUGGGCGAAACCAAUGCCCUCUUACAAAGAAGCAACAUGUUGAAGAGGGACACAGCUAUUGCCACAGCAGCCAUUUACGAAUCAAUGUUUGCUGCAGAUGAUGGCACCAUACCAGCAACAUUCCAGGUCAUAUACAUGACAGGGUGGAGGGAACAUCCUUCUCAACAGAAGGCGAAGAGCAGGGGCUCUGCCACUAUAUCGUUCCAGGACGUUCACAAGCAGUUUGGUGGUAGCAGUUGAAGUGUUGGGCCACCCCCAUGUGUUGGAUUAGGUAUCUCUUGUUGUUGUGGUGGUGGUGGUGGUGGUGUGUGUGUCUAUAUAUGUGCCUUCUUUUUUAUUAAUAAGAAGAUAAAAAAAGGUGUCCAUUGAUCAUUUACAGCUUGGCAUGGCAUUUGCAUUAUUAUGAGUCUGUUUGGAUAUGAUUUUGGACAAGACCAAAAGUUAUCUUACAUGUAAAGUAAGGUUUAUGUGACACUAUUAGCUAAAAAGUAGUCAUGUAUCUGCAUGUGUUUCUAUGUCCCUGAAAACGUCUGCAAACAAUCAUAUAUCUGAUUGUCACUUUCUAAACAAUGAUGAAUGUUGAAUUGGAGGGACAACCUAAUGGUAUAAAAUCAAUGGUGAUUGAUGAAAAUAUCCCUAUGGUUUCGAUAUUUUGGAUUGAAACUUCCAUAUUUGUAAGUCUCCGAUGUUAAUAUUAUUAUUAU